UGUCUUGGACCCACAAUUAGUUGCACGCUACGUGGAGGAGUCAAGAAAUCGAAGAAAGAACGAAGCAAAUCAAUUUCUGUUUACUUUUUAUUUUAUUUUUCUUCGAUUGGAUUCAAUUUCUGAAUUUCCCAAUACCCUUCACGGGAGAUCGGUUGGCGAAUUGGUAGCGUCCCGUUGAUUUUCCUAUUCGACGCAUAAAGGGUAUCACUGUUUCAUCAUCUCUUAAUCAAUCAUGUUUACCCGAAUUUUUGGCAAACCGAAACAGGAAGCCAAUACUCUAACCACUUUGGACAAGUUAAAUGAGACACUUGAAAUGCUAGAGAAAAAGGAGAAAGUACUCCUUAAAAAGGCUGCAGCAGAAGUUGAAAGAGCCAAAGAAUUCACACGAGCAAAGAAUAAAAGGGCGGCUAUACAAUGUUUGAAGAGGAAGAGGCUAUAUGAACAGCAAAUAGAGCAGCUUGGAAAUUUCCAGCUGCGUAUUCAUGACCAGAUGAUAAUGUUAGAAGGUGCCAAGGCAACCACAGAAACAGUUGAUGCAUUGAGAACUGGAGCAGCGGCAAUGAAGGCUAUGCAAAAAGCCACGAAUAUUGAUGAUGUCGACAAGACUAUGGAUGAGAUCAACGAACAGACAGAGAACAUGAAACAAAUUCAGGAAGCAUUGUCUACUCCAAUUGGUGCAGCUGCUGACUUUGACGAGGAUGAAUUGGAAGCAGAACUUGAAGAGCUGGAGGGUGCUGAAUUGGAAGAACAGCUUCUUCAACCCGCAACUACAGCUCCAGCAGCCCCAGUGCAUGUUCCAGCUGGGCGUCAACCCACUCGUCCUGUGUCUUCGAAGCCCACUGCUGAGGAAGAUGAAUUGGCAGCUUUGCAGGCUGAGAUGGCACUUUGAGCAGGCCAGAACUUUGCAGGCAUUGAUGUGCAUGAUAAGUGGCCUCUUGUAAAACCAGAGUGACACGGAGAAUUCUGCCCCUCCUCAUGCUUGCUUAUCAAUGAAACUAUUAAACAGACCAAAGAUGUAUAUAAAGGGUAUAAAAAUUCAAUGGCCCUUAAAAAUUUCUACUUUCUCGGAUGUUUCGCCCUCUUCGAUGUCGCGUUUUAUCAGAAAGUUGAAAAGCCGGAUUUAUCCUUGUGUAGUUCUUGUUAAACAUUGAUGCAUUUGUUUGUAAACCUAGUGGAGUUUAAAUAUUAUUCUUCACACUGAUCA